AUUAUGGCUAUGCACAUUCAGCCUGUCGGUGUCCCUGGGCGCGGUCCUGCUGCUCCCCAUCAGCAUCCUGAGCAACGAAGUCCUCACCCUCUACAGGGACUCCCUCUACGUGCAGUGGCUCAACCUGUCUCUUAUUCAAGGACUGUGGAACAUCAUCUUCCUGUUCUCCAACUUGUCCCUGUUUGUGGGAUUGCCCUUCGCCUACCUCUUCACCGAAUCAGAGGGCUUUCCUGGCUCAAAAAAGGGUUUGAGAGCGCGCAUUGUGGAGACGGUGGUGGUGUUGACCCUCCUAGUGGUGCUGGUAUUUGGCGUGGCAUUAAUUCUCUCAUUCCUGCUUGGUUACUAUGAGCAGGAGAACCUCUCGCAGGUGAUCGGAGCGAUAGUCGGAGCUAUGACAAGCUGGCAGAGGUUACUUAUGUUUUUCUAUCUCAUUCUUCAAGUUAAGCUAGAUGUUUGGGGCAGUUUCUACCUCCCCUUCUUGUACUCCUUGAUCUCGUGUCUCGGCGUCCUCAUGCUUCUCCUGUGCACGCCCGUGGGUCUGGCGCACCUGUUCACGGCCAUGGGCAGGCUGGUGGUGAAGCCCGGGUUCCUGCGCGACCUGGCGGAGGAGUACCAGGCGGCCGUGCUGCAGGAGGACGCCCUCGCCCGCCAGCUGGACCGGCCGGCGCACCCCCACGCCCGCGCCAUCACCAGGACCAUCGCCAACACGCCCACGGUGGAGGCGCUGCUCCAGCAGUACCACGCGGUCAAGAGAACCCGGAUCAAACUCGAGGAGAGGCGCCGUGCAGGCGUAUUUCAGCGUACCCUGGCCUACCCCCUGGCCCUGCUGCUGCUGCUGGCGUUGACAGGCACUGCAGUGGUGAUUGUGGGGCUCAACACACUCCAGCUGCUUGUGGGCAUCAAGGCCCUGCCCCUGGCAUCGGCCCCUGCGAUCCUCGGAGAGGCACAGCAGGGCAAGCGGACAGUGUUGCUGUCUGUGCUGGGCCCAGUGGGAGCCGUGCUGGAGGUUGUGCUCAUAUUGUACCUGAUUGCGGCAUCUCUCCUGGGGUGCUACUCCCUGCCCCUCAUAGCCAAGAUCCGUCCGAGGCCCCAAGACACUCCGAUGGUGCACAUCAUCGCCAACUGUGUAGUGGUUCUGAUCCUCUCAAGUGCCCUGCCUCUUUUGGCCAGGACUCUAGGGAUAACAAAUUUUGAUCUGCUGGGAGACUUUGGAAAGAUCAGUUGGCUUGGAAACUUCUGGAUUGUUCUUGGUUAUAAUAUCCUGUUUGCUACAGCAACUGCAUGGUGUCUCGUCAAGAAAUUUACUGCAACAAUUAGACAUGAAAUAUAUAUGAGAUUCAAACUCCUAGCAAUGUCACUUGUGAAACGGGACACCUUCAAGUUGCCAGCGCAGGUUAUGAAUGGCAGCAUGAUGAAUCCGGGAAACAUUAAAGAGGAGUGAGUAAUCCUUUCCAUGAAGGGAUCUCACUCAUUGGAAAUGUGAAGAACUCGGGAUAGGCACAGGCUGAAGUUCUCUCUUCUAAGUCUCUGUCUCCGAGUUGAGACUGCCAAGAUUUCAGUGUUGAAGGUACAUACAUCCAAGUGAUGACUGGAUACUGACAUGUCUUCAAUAUAUAUCCACACUAGUUUGAUGCUAGAAAAAUGCAGUUGUGUGAACGAUAUUUCUUUUGAAAAGAAAAAGAAUUACUAGGAAGUUGUUGACAAAGGAGAUUUUGAGACUCCAUAGAAAGGCAUUAUACCAAAAUGUCUUUGUUCCUAAACUGUUCAAAGAGGACAUACUUUAGUUUCACUUCCAAGGUGCUGUGCAAUACAGCAUUUCAUUAUCACUAUAAUGUGUUAAGGAUGUGAAAUGAUUUCAAGAAGAAAACGAUAAGAUGAGUGAGGCAUUAAAGACAAUAAUUGCAUUUUAUGAAGUGUUUAAAGAUGCCUUUAGGUUACAAGUCUACCUAUGAUGGUAGAGAAGAAGGAAGCGAGUUAUAUAGAAAUGCAAAUAUGUGUUUAUAUAUACAGGAGGUAACAAAUAUAUGCAGCUUGUUUUAGUUCAGAUCAAAUGAGGUAGAGACAUAAAAGAAUAUUGUUUCUGGUGUAGAGGUAUCCUGGUUACAUGGUUGUACAGAUAUUCCAGGUCUUGAGUUUACCUGAGUCUGUCUUGUUGGCCCUUCAGGAUUCUCCAUAUUUUAUUCUGAAAUAGUUGACUUGUACUUCCAUCCUACACAAAAGGAAUCAAUUGACCACAGGUGUUAGUUGAAUAGGGAUACACAAAGAUGUAGGGAAAGCAGUCAUGUGAGGUAUGGAUAGAACUUCUGUAGUUUGUCAUCAAAUAAUAAGGAAUUAAUGUUUGAGUCAUGAUUGCUGUUACGAGAAAAUCAUCAUGAAAUAAUUCACAUUCUCCAGCAGACUGUGCAAGGGAAUUAUAAAAAAAAAAUUGUCUUAGUUUGCUUUGCUCGUCUGUAUACCACUGUUUAGUUAUUUGGUAAGAUGAAUAACUAAUACGUUAAGCAGACAUGAUGAACAGGUUAAUGAAGUUCCAGGUAUGGGAUGAACACCUUAGUGUUAACAUGUUACAAAGGAGUUUCAUGAAAAUAGAAAAUUAAGGUGUAUGAGAAAUUUACAAGAAAACAAGAGUGUAACUGCCCAAGAUUCAAUAGUGACAAGGCAUUCCAUAUUUUAUAAAACAUAAGUUUAUCUUGGCCCAGAUUUUUAUCCAAGACGAUUAUUCCGUGCAUGUACUUAGAUAAGGAUUUAUUAUCAUUUUCUAUGUAUUAUAUUUUUCUCAUUAUUUUUUUUCUUCACCCCUUCCAUUUUUAUAACUGUAAUAUAUUGGGUGAAAGUUACAUGUCUGCAAGUGAUACUGCAGUAGUUUCUUCCAGGGUGGUAGUGACUUGUAAGGAAGUGCGUUGUGUGUCUAGCCUAGAGUAUGAAGGUUACUCUGAGACAGAUGUAUGAAGUAAGAUCAUGCCAUCAGCCAGAAUACCUGUUAAAGAGUUCUUUUUACAUAUCGUGUGCUUUGCAAGGAAAGCCAUAACAAGCUGACAAUGUUACCAUUACUUGACAAAACAGUCAGGGACUAAUAAUGUUUGGUACUAGGUUUCUCUCUCCACCGAAAACACUGGUCUACUUUGAUAUGUGAACUGUGCUGAAGUGUGUAGCUGCAUAUGCAAGGAGCCAGGGUUUCUAUGCUUGAAUUAUUCUGCUAAAGCUUUACUUUUUACAUGUCUUCAGGAAGAUACAGUGGUACAAUGUUGUAGUAUUUAUUGUAGAGUUUUUUUUUCUUUCUUUUUUUUUUUUUUUUUUUUUUUUUUUUUUUUUUUCAUUUGUCUCUUGUGUUCAAUGGUCAGCUUAAUGCAUGACUGUAUGAUCUGUUUCUCCUUAGGUUUCAUCAAUAACCAAAGACUUUUACAAAUGCAAUUCAGAGUAGCUAUAGUUGUUUUCCCUUUUUUGUAUCACUUUACACUUAAUUUUGCUGUACACUUGCAUAUUGUUUCUUGUUUUUUUCUGCUCUCCUGUUUACUAUUUUCUCUUUUUUUCUCUCUCUCUUUUGCUCAAACUAUUAUACAGAGAAGUUUUGUGUUUCAGGAGUUUGUAUAGUCAUUGAUGACAUCUUUCGUCUUUCUCUAUUUGUUUGAAAGAUAUUGGUUGAUUGGGAUGCAAGGAAAUUUUUUGUACCAGAUACAAGGGAGUAAGAAUAAGAGUUUGAUUUUUAAAUGUUCUUAAUUUAUUACCAAUAGAAUAAUAUUUGAAAUGUGUCUGUAUGGUGAAUAUAUUCUGUGUGUCGAGCCGUGUGUCAUAUCAGUGUUUCCUGCAUGAUGUGGAUGUAUGUAAGGUUUUGUAUCUGCGUAGAGAUUAGAGUAUGAUGGACCUUUGGUGCAAAGAGAACAUAUUUCCAAUGUGUCUUUUCUUCCUGUAAGACUAGGAAUAAUUGCAGAUUUUUUGUUGCAAAAAUAGCAACAUUGAAAAUAUGUAGAUGAUUUUUUGUACUUUUUUUUCAAAGGAGAGGUAGUUGCAGUUGAACAAAAAGUUUACAGGAAGAUCCACAUUGUGGAGAAUAUUUCUAAGGGUGAUCAAGAAUCCAAAUAACUGCUCAUGUAAAUGUCAGAUUUAUGACUUGGACUUGUUGCAGUAGUAUUAAGUGAUACUUAUAGUAGCAGAGUGAAAGCAAAGGCAGAGUUCUGCAGGUACCAAGAAUAUAAACGUCAUGAAAUUCAUUCAGGAAGACUGGACUGAUAUCCACAUUUAAGAGUUCCGUUUAGUCUCCUGAAUUGCACCUGCUCUGCCAUGUUGAAAAAUGUGAGUUGGUGUUUAAGCAUUGCAUACAAUGACAAUACUAUAGAGGUAUUUUCAUAUUUUCAUUGCUGAUGUCUUUGAGAUUAAGCAAAGUUGUAGGUCAAUGAACCUUUACCAGAAUUUUUUCAUGCAUUAGGGUCAACUUUGACACUGGUCCAUUCAUGUGUUAAUGUUUGUUUUGCCCAUCUUUCUGUUAGCUGGAAAAGGGCGUCAGUUGAAAGAGUUCUCCCACUGUAUUUCAUGUAUAGUCCUCUUUUUCCCCACCUCUGGUUUUUAACCUUUUUUUUUCAGUCCUUUUGUGCUUUUAUUUCUGGGUUAUCAGAAUUCUGAUUAUUAUUUGUUGUUAAUCAAGUUUCUUCUGAUUUCUUUUAAAUCUUUUUGAUUUGUUAUCAUUAAUCUCAACAUGCAUUUUCUCUUGUCCAGUUUGAAGGAAAAGUUUUAGCUGCAGAGAGUAUGUUUCAAAAUGAGUCCUAUCCACACACUCCCCUGGCUUCUUAAAGCCAUCGCAGGUGGAUUGGUCAUAAACUGGAUGCUCUAUAUAGACUAUAUGUAGGUACUGUUUAUAAUCAAAAUGGCCAAUAAUUGAAUCAGACGGGAUCUCUCUCCUUUUUUUUCAGUGAUAUUUCUCAGUUUAUUAACACUAGAUUUAGGUCAGUUAUGGAAGCUGCAGUACUACAGCAACACUUGAUUGUGACCUUUGUCUCAUAUGAAUUUCUUCUACAUUCUGUGCAUAUUUUUUGUGUGGGAGAGUGUCAUUCUUACAUUCACCAAUAAACUACUUGGAAGGGAAUAAGUUUGGAAGGAAUUAACUUGUGCAUUUUUAUUCAGUCCUCCCCAACAUUGCAAUGGAUAUUCUUUGGUAAUAAUGCCCAUUAAGAAAUUCAAUUAAUUUUAGUUACAUUUUCACGAGGUCUUUCCAGUGUUCCAGAUAAACUUUAGUGCUACUGGCCUUUGAAUUCAUUGCUUUCCCAGGAUGCUCAAAUGUAUUACUUUUAUGCCUGGGGGUAGACUUUUGCAUAGUUGUGGCAUAACGAGAAGUCAGUAUCUCCUGCUGUCAUGUUGCAGUUCUUAAAGAAUGAAAAUCAGGCAUCUCUUUUUUCACAAGUAUUUCUGUAUAUAUGUAUUUUUAAACAGUGGGAAAGGGGGAGGUAGGAAUGCCUGUUUUUGUUUAGCUUGGGCUUAGGAAAUGAGUCAUUCUUUUUUCUUUUUUUUCUUCAUCUUCCUUCUCUUUUUCCUUGUUUUGUCCACUUCUUCUUCUUCUUGCCUGUUUUCAUUAACAUUAUUACGACCAUCACAGCUGAAAAUUUGUUAGGGAAGAGUCACAUGACUGGAAACUGUAAACUCAGGUUGUGGAGCAUUUCUAAGUGAAGACAGAUCCUGCUUGCUGGCCAUCGACAUUUUCACAUCCAGUUUGAAAUAGACGUUUACAUACAAAUGAAUGUCACUUGCUCACUUAGAUACCUAGUCUUGUCUAUUUACUAAGUUUGGACCUUUUUUUUUCCUCUAUUUUUAGCGUUUUUUAUUUUUUACCCCAGGUGCCAGGUUCAUUAAUCUAUACAAGUGUAUAUUAUCUUUUUAAGUGGUAUGAUGUGUGGCCACAGGUUGCUGGCCAGUGUAUAUAGCAAUCUGUACAGUGAGACAAUAAGAAUAAAGAUGUCAGUGAU